GUGUCAGGCUAGAAUAGAAAAUUCACCAGGUGAAGGAUAUUGUCUUCUUUUUUGGUGGUCAUAGUCUAAGGAUAUUGCAAUCAUGAAUGUAGAAGAAGAGGUUCAGCGUCUCCGGGAAGAAAUCAAGAGGCUUGGCAAUGUCCAAACAGAUGGUUCUUACAAGGUUACAUUUGGAACACUAUUUAACGAUGAUCAAUGCGCAAAUAUAUUUGAAGCACUUGUUGGGACACUAAGAGCAGCGAAAAAGCGUAAAGUAGUGGCAUAUGAUGGUGAGCUACUGCUCCAAGGAGUCCAUGAUAAUGUGGAAAUCACUCUUAAUCCUACCCCUACUGCUGCAGCUAUCAACUGAUACAACUAUGAAGUAUGAAGGGCCAGAGAGUAUCCUCUGCUGCUUGAACCACCAACUUGUUUUUAUGAUCGGUGUAAUAACACUAUUAUGCAUGACUGUGUGAUGUGCGUGUGGGGACUAAGAUAUUUAUCUUCUCUUAUCACUACUUGGUUUGAGGUAAAUGUUUAAAUGUGUAUCGAAUGUUAAAACCAGGAUAUGCGGAUCAUAGUUUUUAUGAAAUGGUAUUCCACCUA